AUGAUUUCAUAGUAACACAUUCUGUUGAGUGAUAUUAGUCAAUUAGGAUUGCUAGUUUACGUUAAUUAGGGUAUGUAUUUUGAUAUGAAAGUAGCCAACUCAUUUUUAAUGCUAUGUCUUCAAAGUAUUCUUUAUUCAAGUGGAAUAAUCAUCUCGCUUUUAUGUUAUUUUUUAAAAAAGGAUACAUGGAGUAAAAAAUUAGAAGUCAUAGGCAUAAUAUUGAAGAUCAUCUCAUUAUGGAUUGCAUAAUAAGAAAGUUAAGAAUUUAUGUUUUGCACAUUAAUUUAAAGCUAAUUGUUUUUUAAAUCUAUUGACUUAAUAAAAGAACGAUAAUAGUCAAUAAUGAUUGUGUUUUAAAUGGCAUUCAAUAUAUUUCAAAUUAGGGGAAUCAUAAAUGACAUUACUAUAACAUCCAUAAAUUUAGUCCAUGUUAUUAUUUUUAUUGUAUGGUUAUACAGGGUGUAAAAACAAAAUAUAAUAAUAGAUUAGAAAGUUAAAUUAUAAGAAGGAAAUGUUAUUAUAGAAAUUGAUGAAUGUAGAGAUUAUUUAAAAUAACAAUAGAAAUUUAUUUAAACUUCUUCAACGAAAAGAGUGAUUCUGCCUCAAAAUUCUUUAAUAUUCAAUUAAGAUUUUGAAUUAAUAGAUUGUUAAAUAGAAUUUGAAGAAUUAAUGAAUCAUAAAAGCUAUUGUGAUUAGGCAAUUUAAAUUAUGUUAAGUUUAAGAUUAAAUUAUAUUUUCGAGAAUCAAUCUAAGUCUUGUGAAUUAAAAUAAUUAAUGGAAUAAUUAUCAUUAGAUUAAAGGAUUUUAGGAAUGAUUGAAAAAAAUGAUUAUAUAAAAUAUGAAAAUCAUCUUGUCCUACUUAGUUGUUAAUUAUAUGAAGAUAUUAAAUGUUAUUAAAUUCAAUUAGAAUAGGUGCCAUUUAAACAUAAGUAAAUAUAAAUGGAAGAAUCUAUGGAAGUAGAUAUGUGUAGAUCAUUGUCUCAUGAAUUAGGAACUAAUUUAAAUAGUAUAAUAACAUUUACAACUAUGGCUUUAGAUGAUAAUAAAGUAGAUAAAUAUACAAAAAUGAAAUUUUUAGAUCCUAUAUGGAUUAAUUGUGAGUAAUUAAGUUUGAUAGUUGGUUCUAUAAGAGAUUAUAAUUUAAUAAAUUUAUAAUAAUUUUCAUUAAAAUUAGAAGAAUUAGAUGUUGAAUAAGAAAUUAAAUUUAUGGUAUCUUUAUUUUCAGAAAGCAUUGAUAGUAAAUAAAUAAAAGUAGAUUAUAAAUUUGAUUUAUAAUGUUAUUCAUUAGUGGCUGAUAAAACAAGAUUUAGAUAAGUUUUAUUUUAAUUAUUAUAAAAUGCUAUUAAAUAUACAUUUGAAUCAUCUAUUACUAUUGCAAUAAUUAAUGAUAAUAUAGAGUGUAAAGUAUUAAUAACAGAUGAUGGUGUUGGAAUGGUAAUUAUUUAAUAAAUUUAUUAGAGUGAAGAUGAAGCUAAUAAUUUAAAUUCGUUAUUAAGAUCCAAUAAAUUUAUUCGAGUUUCAGAACAAUCUGUAGGUAUAGGAUUAGGUUUAGGAAUUUCAAAUCAAUUAGUUAAGAAAAUGGGUAAUCAAGAUAAUUAGAUUGAAUUAAAGAGAAUGUCUAAAGGAUGUUAAUUUAGUUUUGCUAUAAAAAAUCAUUAUUUUGAAUUAACAAAAGAAUUUACAAGAAAAAAGUCAUCUCGAUUAUCUAAUAGAAGUAAUUAAACAAUAAGAUUUAUAUCUGCAAAUUCAUAUUAUGAAGAUUAGAUUAAAGAUCCAUCUUAUGGUUUAAAAGGAAGUAUUGUUUAAAAUUAAUCAAAAUUGUAUGUAUUUCCAUCAACAAAAUAAAUAAGUUUAAGUCAUGAUAUAAAGAGUUAAAAAGAAGAAGAUAGUAUAUUUUCAAUUCAUCCUCCAAUAUUAAGUCCAAAAUUUUAAUAAUCUAUAAUAUAAUGUAGUUUAAAAAGUGAAUGUUGUUCAAGAGUAUUAAUAGUAGAUGAUGAAUAUUUUAACAUAUAAUGUUUAAAAUUACUAAUGUCUAAAUAUUAAUCAAAAUGUGAUUCUGCAUAUAAUGGAAGUGAAGCAAUAAAUUAAGUUUUAAAUAAGAAAAAUAAUAUUUGUAAAAUUUGUGGAAAUAAAUACUAUAGUUUGAUAUUUUUAGAUAUCAAUAUGCCAAUUAUGGAUGGAUUUAAUACUGUUAAAGAAUUAAAGAAAAUGAUGAGUGAAUAAAUUAUUAAUAAAGCCUUUUGUAUAGCAAAUACAGGAUUUUGUGAUUUAGAAACUAAACUUAAGAGUUAUGAAUCAGGAAUGGAUUAUUAUUUAACUAAACCAUUAGAUUAAAAUGAAUUGAAUUCGAUAUUAAAUGAUAUAUUUCCUAUGAUUGACUACUGA